AAUUCUCCAAUCACUCUUUUAGGUUUCAUACCUCUAUUUCCCCUUUCACUCUCGUCCUCAGUCCGUCUCUCUAAUCCAAAAAUCGAACUGGAAUUUCAAUUUUCAAUCCGAAUCGCUGUAUAAUCCGAUCAAUUUUGUCCUCGAAUAAUACAGGCGACAAUCGGAUCGACUAUGGUGUGAUCGCCGCUCGGUGGCGAGCGAGUGAAACGAAUUUCCGGGGGUUGGGGUUCUUGUAUGGAAACUCGGAGCCGGAAGCGGGCGGAGGCCACCUCAGCAGCCCCUUCUUCUUCGUCUGGUCGUACUACUCGUUCUUCCAAGCGCGCUCGUCUUUCUGCUUCUACAUUGUCUUCUAUUGGCCCCGCUUCGAUUACGACCCGGUCCCGCGCUUCUCGGACCCAAAACGAACCCUCACCUGCCGCACCCAUGGACCCCACGAACGAAUCGUCCGGCUCGCGCGGCCGCCGCAACAAGAGUUCCGAUAAGGAUGGCUCGGAUAAAGGUAAGGAGAAGGAGCAUGAGGUUAGGAUUAGGGAUAGGGAGAGGGAGAGGGAAAGAGAGAGGGAAGCUGAGAGGAACCUAGGGUUGAAUAUGGAUGGUGGAGGAACUGGCGAUGACGAUGACAAUGAUAGUGAAGGCGGUGUUGGGAUUUUGCACCAGAACUUGACUUCAGCGAGUAGUGCCCUUCAGGGGCUUCUUAGGAAGAUCGGCGCCGGAUUGGACGACCUGCUUCCUUCUUCGGCUAUGGGUUCGGCUUCUUCAUCGCACCAGAGCGGGAGGCUGAAGAAGAUAUUAUCUGGGUUAAGAGCUGAUGGGGAAGAAGGGAAACAGGUGGAAGCUCUGACGCAGCUCUGUGAAAUGCUUUCAAUUGGAACUGAGGAGUCGUUGAGCACGUUUUCGGUUGAUUCAUUCGUGCCUGUACUUGUGGGGUUGCUUAAUCAUGAGAGCAAUCCAGAUAUUAUGCUCCUUGCAGCUAGAGCACUCACUCAUCUUUGUGAUGUGCUUCCAUCAUCUUGUGCCGCUGUGGUGCAUUAUGGUGCUGUUUCUUGCUUUUGUGCAAGGUUGUUGACGAUUGAGUACAUGGACUUGGCAGAGCAGUCACUGCAAGCUCUCAAGAAAAUAUCACAGGAACACCCAACUGCCUGUCUUCGAGCGGGUGCUCUUAUGGCAGUGCUUUCUUAUUUGGAUUUUUUCUCCACUGGAGUCCAGCGUGUGGCAUUAUCAACUGCUGCGAAUAUGUGCAAGAAACUUCCUUUAGAUGCAGCUGACUUUGUGAUGGAAGCUGUCCCAUUGCUGACAAACCUUCUGCAGUAUCAUGAUGCAAAGGUUUUGGAGCAUGCUUCUGUAUGUCUGACACGAAUUGCUGAAGCUUUUGCAUCAUCUCCUGACAAACUUGACGAAUUAUGCAACCAUGGGCUAGUUACUCAAGCUGCGUCUCUUAUUUCCACCAGCAAUUCUGGAGGUGCCCAGUCAACUCUCAGUACACCUACUUAUACUGGUUUAAUUCGGCUACUAUCAACCUGUGCAAGUGGUUCCCCAUUAGGGUCUAAAACUUUACUUCUUCUUGGGAUCAGUGGAAUUCUUAAAGAUGUACUUUCAGGUUCUGGAAUUUCUUCUGGCACGACAGUUUCUCCUGCUUUAAGUAAGCCACCGGAGCAGAUCUUUGAGAUUGUCAAUCUGGCAAAUGAGCUACUUCCUCCUUUACCACAAGGAACCAUUUCCAUUCCGUCCAGCUUCAAUGUAUUUAUGAAAGGUCCUGUUGUGAAAAAGUCAUCUGCUAGCGCUUCUGGGAAACAAGAAGACACCAACGGAAAUGGUUCUGAGGUUUCAGCUCGCGAGAAAUUAUUGAAUGAACAACCUUCCCUUCUCCAGCAAUUUGGAAUGGAUCUCCUUCCUGUUCUAAUACAGAUAUAUGGUUCUAGUGUUAAUGGCCCUGUUCGCCACAAAUGUCUUUCAGUAAUUGGGAAAUUAAUGUACUUCAGCAAUGCAGAGAUGAUACAGUCAUUAUUAAGUUCGACAAAUAUUUCAAGUUUCUUAGCCGGUGUCUUAGCAUGGAAAGAUCCGCACGUCUUGGUUCCUGCUCUCCAAGUUGCUGAGAUACUCAUGGAGAAGCUUCCCAAUACUUUCUCCAAGGUGUUUGUGAGAGAAGGUGUUGUUCAUGCUGUGGACCAACUUAUCUUACCUAGUACUCCAAAUUCAGUUCCUGCCUCAGUAUCUUCUGCUGAAAAGGAUAGUGAUCCUGUUUCUGGAACAUCAUCACGGUCUAGGCGUUAUAGACGACGCAACAGUAACCCAAUUCCAGAUGGAAAUUCAUUGGAAGAAACCAAGAGUCCUGCUUCAGCAAAUAUUGGUUCACCUCCAAGUUCAGUGGAGAUUCCUACUGUGAGCUCCAGCCUUCGAAUCGCUGUCAGUGCAUGUGCUAAAGCUUUUAAAGACAAGUACUUCCCCUCAGAUCCUGGGGCUGUUGAAAUUGGAGUUACAGAUGAUCUAUUACAUUUAAAGAAUCUAUGCAUGAAGUUGAAUGCCGGUGAUGACCAAAAAACGAAAGCAAAGGGAAAGUCGAAAGCAUCUGGGUCUCGCUUGAUUGAUAGUUCUGCAAGCAAGGAGGAGUACUUGACUGGUGUCGUAUAUGAGAUGCUAGCCGAACUAAGCAAAGGGGACGGUGUAUCCACUUUUGAGUUCAUUGGUAGUGGUGUUGUUGCAGCGUUGCUUAACUAUUUUUCUUGUGGGUACUUUUCCAAGGAGAGGAUUUCAGAAGCUAAUUUGCCCAAGCUUCGUGAGCAAGCCCUUAAAAGAUUUAAGUCAUUUGUUGCUGUUGCUCUUCCUUUGAGUAUUGACGAAGGAAGUGUAGCACUGAUGACUGUCCUUGUUCAGAAGCUCCAAAAUGCUUUGUCCUCCUUAGAGCGUUUUCCUGUCGUGCUGAGUCAUUCAUCUAGGUCAUCCACUGGGAGUGCACGCCUCUCCUCUGGACUUAGUGCAUUAUCUCAGCCCUUUAAGUUGCGUCUUUGUCGUGCACAAGGAGAAAAGACCCUCCGAGACUAUUCAUCAAACGUCGUUCUGAUUGAUCCAUUAGCAAGUUUAGCUGCUGUAGAAGAGUUUCUUUGGCCUCGAGUUCAGCGAGGUGAAUCUGGUCAGAAGCCUGCUGCAUCUGCUGGAAACUCGGAAUCUGGAGCUACACCUACAGGUGCUGGUGCUUCAUCUCUGCCUACUUCAAAUUCUGCUUCCUCCACUCGUCGCCAUUCAACGCGGUCAAGAACAUCUGUGAAUAUAGGAGAUACAGGUAGGAGGGAACCAUCACAAGAGAAGAACACAAGCUCAUCAAAAGGGAAGGGGAAAGCUGUUUUGAAGCCUUCUCAGGAGGAAGCAAGAGGAACUCAAACGAGAAAUGCAGCUCGUCGACGAGCCGCUCUUGAUAAAGAAGUUCAAAUGAAGCCUGCAAAUGGGGACACUACUUCUGAGGAUGAGGAAUUGGAUAUAUCGCCCGUUGAGAUGGAUGAAUUGGUCAUUGAAGAUGAUGAUAUCUCAGAUGACGAAGAUGAUGACCAUGAUGUUCUAAGAGAUGACUCUCUUCCUGUUUGCAUGCCGGAUAAAGUACAUGAUGUGAAAUUGGGAGACUCAACUGAGGAUGCUACUGUAGCUUCCGCCACGAGUGACACCCACACUAUCCCAGCUCCUGGCUCUAGUAGCAGAGCUGCUACGGUUAGAGGCUCAGAUUAUGCCGAACAUAGGAGUAGUAAUUCUUAUGGUUCAAAGGGUGCAAUGUCAUUUGCUGCUGCCGCCAUGGCUGGGCUUGGAUCUGCCAGCAGGGGCAUCAGGGGAGGCAGGGAUCGACAAGGACAUCCCAUUUUUGGCAUUUCUAGUGAUCCUCCUAAGUUGAUUUUUACUUCUGGAGGGAAGCAGCUUAAUAGGCAUCUGACUAUCUAUCAGGCUAUUCAGAGACAGCUUGUGCAAGAUGAGGAUGAUGAUGAAAGGUAUGCUGGCAGUGAUUUCGUAUCCAGUGAUGGUAGCAGGCUGUGGAGUGAUAUUUACACUAUCACAUACCAGAGGCCAGACAAUCAAGCUGACAGGGCAUCUGUUGGAGGUGCAAGUUCUAUGACUUCAACAAAAUCUUGCAAAUCUGGAUCUGCUUCCAAUUCCAACUCCGACUCCCAAUUGCUUCAAAUGUCACUUUUGGAUAGCAUUUUGCAGGGAGAGCUUCCUUGUGAUUUAGAAAAAUCUAAUCCUACUUACAAUAUUGUGGCACUACUCCAUGUACUAGAGGGCUUGAAUCAGCUUGCACCUCGCCUAAGAGCUCAGAUAGUUUCCGACAGUUUUGCUGAGGGUAAAGUUUUGAAUAUGGAUGACUUGAGUACAACUGGUGCUAAGGUUUUUCCUGAAGAAUUUGUUAACAGCAAACUCACUCCCAAAUUAGCCCGACAAAUUCAAGAUGCCCUUGCGUUGUGCAGUGGGAGUCUUCCUUCUUGGUGUUACCAGUUGACAAAAGCAUGUCCAUUUUUGUUUCCUUUUGAGACUCGGAGACAGUAUUUCUAUUCAACGGCUUUUGGAUUGUCCCGCGCUUUGCACCGUCUUCAGCAGCAGCAGGGUGCUGAUGGUCAUGGUGCAAAUGAACGAGAGGUGAGAGUUGGGAGAUUGCAACGACAGAAAGUUCGUGUGUCCCGAAACCGGAUUUUGGAUUCUGCUGCAAAAGUAAUGGAGAUGUAUUCCAGCCAAAAAUCUGUGCUUGAAGUAGAAUAUUUCGGUGAAGUGGGCACUGGCUUGGGUCCUACACUUGAGUUUUACACACUUUUAAGUCAUGACCUACAAAGAGUUAGACUGGGCAUGUGGAGAUCGAAUUCUUCCAUGGAGAAAACAUCAAUGGAUAUUGAUGGAGAUGAACAUAAAGAUGGAAAAAGCAAUGGUGACAUUGUCCAAGCUCCUCUUGGGUUGUUCCCACGUCCCUGGCCUCCAAAUGCUGUUGCUUCUGAUGGUAGCCAAUUUUCAAAAGUCAUAGAAUACUUUAGGUUGGUUGGGCGUGUGAUGGCUAAGGCUCUUCAAGAUGGGCGGCUAUUGGACUUGCCACUAUCAACAGCAUUUUAUAAGCUUUUGCUUGGUCAAGAGCUUGAUUUACAUGAUGUUCUUUCCUUUGAUGCUGAGCUUGGAAAGACUCUGCAGGAAUUACAUAACCUUGUCUGCCGGAAACUGUAUUUAGAAUCAAAUGGUGAUAAUUGUGAUGCCAUUGCUGAAUUGCGUUUCCGUGGAGCAUCAGUGGAUGACCUCUGUUUAGAUUUUACACUUCCUGGCUAUCCAGAUUAUGUGUUGAAACCGGGAGAUGAAAAUGUUGAUAUCAAUAACUUGGAGGUUAUAUCUUUUGUUGUUGACGCGACAGUGAAGACUGGGAUAAUGAGGCAAAUUGAAGCAUUUAGAGCCGGGUUUAAUCAGGUCUUUGACUUAUCAUCUUUACAAAUAUUUACUCCACAUGAGUUGGACUACCUGCUUUGUGGCCGUAGAGAGUUGUGGGAGGCAGAUACCCUUGCUGAUCAUAUAAAGUUUGAUCAUGGAUACAAUGCCAAGAGCCCUGCAAUACUUAAUUUGCUCGAGAUUAUGGGUGAGUUCACCCCAGAGCAGCAGCGCGCUUUCUGCCAGUUUGUUACUGGUGCACCUCGGCUUCCACCUGGUGGUUUGGCGGUGCUGAAUCCAAAACUGACCAUUGUGAGAAAGCAUUCUUCGACCGCAAAUAAUGCUGCAAUCAACGGGACCGGGGUUUCAGAGUUGGCAGAUGAUGACCUGCCCAGUGUCAUGACAUGCGCUAAUUACCUGAAGCUUCCUCCAUAUUCAACCAAGGAAAUUAUGUUCAAGAAACUAUUGUAUGCAAUCAGUGAAGGCCAAGGAUCCUUUGAUUUGUCAUGAGAUUUUGGGAUUAGCCGUAUCAAUCCGUGUAUAUUAGUUACAUUAAAACAAUUAGGACUGUUCUGUCUUUCGCCUGCAAUUAAUUAGCCUUAGCCUUGGAUGACUUUGAUGUUGGAAGUGGCAUUUCUACUUAUCCACUCAAAUAACGGCUCGUCAUUGGUGCGGUUCUAAACUUAUCAACAUUGUCGAGGUUGGAUCGACGCAAUUUUAAACUGUAGCAAGUUUUCCUUCCGAGAGGGCCGUCUGAGCCGCCAAGGACUGUAAAUGAAUAGAAAAUCUUGUGAAAGAAAUUUUUGUUCACCUUUUUGUUUUCCAUUCAUAUAGGGUGGUAGAAUAUACAUGUACGGUGGUAAAAUGUAUGAAAGGGAAACAAAACAUCUGAAACAUUUAUAUGCCUUCUAAUUUCAUUCCGAUUCUGAUUACAAAUAAAUUUGUUCCAGUUCGUGUCCAUUA